UUAUUAUUACAUACUUAGUACUUAAAAAAAAAUAUUGGAGGGGCUAAGGAAUACCUAUUUUUUGGCCUGGACCACGACAUAAAGGGCUGCUUUUAGAUUCAAAAAUUUAAUCCAAUUUUGUAAAAAUAAAGUGCGAGGUGGUUCAUGCAAGCGUCGCGUAGGCGAGGAGCACCUGGUCACUAGUCACUUGGCACAUAACGUCUUACUUCUUUAUUUUACACACAAGUUCAACUUUAUUACAAGGCUUGAUAUCUUUAAGUACUACAAAUAAAAUUAUUAAAACUUACGUAAAGUUAACUGGUGUUACAAAGGAAAAAUAUAUAUAUUUUUUUGCAAAUUUAAAAUAAAGGGAAAGUACUAUUGUAUUGGUUAGUUAAUAUUUUCGUACUCAUAACGACUUGAAUUAUUUCCAAUUGGCUAUUUGGACACACCGAAUAAUAUCUACAAUGUCCAUUCUAUAUUUUAUUAUUUUGUUCUAAUACAUUCAAUCAAUUACAAAAAAUGUCAAUUUAAUGUUAUUGUUGUAUGAUACAAAUAGCUGGUUCAGUUUAGCAACUUGGUUUUGCACUAGUUAUGAUAGAGCGAUGGUUGGGCGUUGUGUCGUUGUCAACAAAGCACGCUGUCGCAAGCGUCGCGGCGCAGUUGCGGCCCAAUACCUUGUGAAAUGGUCGUAUCGAAUACUAUAUUAAACCUUGCCCCACCCCGGCGGGUUUUGUCCUUCUCAAAAAAUCACGCAGUGUUGGACUAAAACCGGCAGAUUUCAUUACCAUACAAUUUAAAAAUAUUUGAAUAUCAGUAUUGCUAUGAAACCGUUAAUAUGACACACUUUGUAGGGAAACUUAAUGGAAGUUGGUUUUUAAGUUGAAGACGAAGACAAUAGCUCAUUAUUUCUGUAAUUUUUUUGCCUAGAAUAUACAGCUUAUUUGUUAUCAGUAUGGAAUGGAAAAAGUUAUUAGUGGUGUUUAUCGUUAUCAGUGUUGACCAGUGUUUCUCUAUGUCGCACAAUGAGAUCGAAGACUUCAAGGAUUACCUCAAAAAGACAUCACAGUUGGAUCAAAUAUUGAGAAAGGGCUCGGAUCCUGAUAUCGACUAUGACGAAGAGGAGUCUGUGUCAGACCACGCGUGGGAAGACAGUGGUAAAUUUGAAGGCGAUUUAAUUUUGAACGAUCAACAACGUCGCCUGAUAGUCAAAAAUGUUGCCGAGGGAUUAUCUAGGAACGGCCUGAAGGACACUACCAAGAGAUGGCCGAACAAUGAAGUGAUUUACUAUAUCCAAGGAGAACAUUUUAAUGGGGACCAGAUACAGGCUAUUCAACAGGGUAUAGACGAUAUCGCACAGGCAUCUUGUGUUAAAUUCCGUCCGUAUAAGAAAGGAGAUCGCGACGCGGUCGUAAUACAGGGUAGUCGAAGAGGCUGUUUUUCCCAAGUGGGAUACCAAGGCGGCUAUCAAAUUUUGAAUUUAUCCGGGCGCCAUCCCGCUGGACGCGGCUGCUUCCGUCACGGCACCGUAGUACACGAGCUCCUGCACACCCUGGGUUUCUAUCACAUGCAGAGUAGUCCUGAUAGAGAUGACUACAUUAAUGUUAUUUGGGAAAACAUUUUACAGCCUGCAAGGCAUAACUUUCGCAAAUACAACUCGUUCGCCGUGUCGGACUUCGGCGUCGGUUACGACUAUGACAGUGUCCUGCAUUAUAGCCGACGAGCUUUCUCCGCCAAUGGGCAGGACACUCUCGUACCAAAACAGGGUGGUGCCGAUAUUGGUCAAAGAGUAGGACUGUCGGACAAGGAUACAAAAAAAUUAAACAAAAUGUACUGCGAUGCGGACUCGGAUAACCCAUUAGCAGAUGAGGAUGACACAGCUAAUAAACCGCUGAAAAAGAAAAGCGAUAAAAACAAACCCUUUGAUGGGCAUGGAAUAGGAUAUCAUCAAGGUAAAACUGUGGUGAUCAAAUUGUUACCAACGCCAGAAACUUAUAAAUUACAAGAAGUUCCGAUAUUUCAUGUAUUUGAUCAUUUUAGUAAAACGCCGCAGGCCCUGUCGCAGACGGACAUUGAAGGAAACAGAAGAGGAAAAGAAAUAAAGUAUCCAGUCAUAACACAUGUCACCCAAAGAUAUGUUCCAUCACAAGAUAUCGAUAGAGAAGUUAUGAGUGAAACUGAUGAGAGUGAGAUUACACGUAAUCGACAUGACUAUCCAAGUGAUCUCGAGCUACCUUUACAAAAAACAGAUGAAGAAAAUAUCGCAGGUAAAUCCAAAUAUUUCUUAUCGGCAAAAGAAAGGGAUUAUUCUCCUGAAUAUAUUAUAGACGAUGAUUUAAAUGAAGCCUUUGACCGUUUAGAAAAAAUUGUCAAACACCAUGUUUAUCCAUCCCAAGCUUCAAACCUAAACGUAUACAAUACAAAUGAGAAAACCAAAGAACAAGACACGCCUUUAAGAGUAUUUGAUAAAAGUAGUUCUGUACCCUCAUUAUCCAAGCAUUAUUCAAGUCAAGUCGAAGGCAUGAAGUCUACUGUAGACUUUAUAGAAGGUCUGUAUGAAAAACGACAAAAUGAUGACAAAGUGGGAUUAGAGUAUAAACCUAAACAAACUAAUUUUGGUAAAACAAUAGGCAUAACUAAUAGUUAUAAUGCAGACGAAAGCUCAGUUACUAUACAUGAAAAGCCUAAAGGUAUUGAAAACAAAGGGGAAGAGAAAAAUGAUUCCAAGAAUGUAACUUCUGAAGAUCUCGAAAAACACGAUUAUAACGGUUUGUAUCAUCCAUAUACAUCCUAUGCUACAUAUGCACAAAAUGCACCGACAAUAAAGGGACCUGUUCCAGAAAGUUAUAAAGAGAAACCUCAUAAUAAUAAUCAAAUUUCUUAUAAAGAUAAAAAUUUACCGUCUGGAUUCAAUUUUGAUGGUGACUAUACAACUGGAAACAUUUACAACAUACCAAGUGGGAUAUCAAAUCGUUUUAGCUUUACUAGUGCGGUACUACCUUUUAGAAAAUCGUGGCACAAUUUUGACGACUCCCAUGAUAAUAUUUUUCGCGAUGUUUUUAAUUCAGGGGAUGAUUUUAAAUCAAACGCAAAUUAUCAUGACACGUAAAAGCAAAGAAAUUAUUAUUAUAAUUAUUAGAAAUUGUGCUAGUAUUAGGCUGUCAAAACGAAGAAAGGCCUAAAUUCUCUCAAACGUAAAGGAGGUCCGUGGCCAGGAGCAGAACAGUUUGGUUUAGAGAUGUUUUGUUUACAUAUAUUAUUAUUUUUAUGAGUGUUCUUAAUGAUUUCGGAAUAUUAGUUUCAAUAUUAGUAACAAAUCGUAGGUUUUAGCUGUAAUUAAGUAUUUACCUAUGUACUUAAUAAUCCUGUAAAAGAAAAAAAAAGCUUUUUAUUUGUAUUGUCUGUAGCCUUGUAGAUACCUACAAGGCUACAGACAAGACAGUAGUAUAUACAUACUACGUAAAACAAUGAUAAUAUACUUAACAAAUAUGUAUAUUUAAAGUAUUACCUAUUCAGUUGCAAAAUUAUUCAUUUGUUAUCUAUUAUGUACCUAUGUUUUAGUGUCUUCUAAAUAAGUUGUACGCACCUACAAUUAAUAAUUGAAUAUAUCUAUAAUUAUAUUUUAUGUGUUGUAAUGUAAUUGAAUAGAGUUUUAUACUUACACCAAUAGUAUAAUUUGCAGAGACUGGUAAAAUAAAAUUAUAAAAGUAAAUAUAAGUAAUUUGUAAAAUA